AUGGCGGAACGCAUAAGAAACUCUGAUUGGGAAAAUGAUGAAGAGAUGAGAUAUGAUCUUGAAAAAUAUGUGCAGCGAAAUUUCAAACGAAAAGAGAUACUAGACUAUAUGUCUGCAGAUUAUCCCAUAUAUGCAUGGAGCAUUCGCACUUUAAGUCGCAGGCUUCAACAUUUUCAUAUUAAAUACACAUACUACGACAUUGCAUUGGAAGACGCUAAAACAGCUGUCAAAAAGGAAUUGAACGGUCCUGGCGUUCUUCUAGGUUAUCGAGCAAUGCAGCAAAAGGUAAGAGAGGUGCAUGGACUCAAUGUUUCACUCGACUUAGUUUACGCUGUAAUGGGAGAAGCUGACACAGAAGGACUGCAAUCACGAGGUGGAAUUGGAAAACAGAAACGACCACGUAGAACAAACGCGUUUGGAUCAAACUCUACAAUGUCCUUGGAUGGGCAUGAUAAGCUUUGUGGCUAUCAGAAAUCCUUGUUUUCUUUGUGCAUCUAUGGAGGGCUGGAUGUAUACAGUGGCAGGGUUAACUUUCUGAAAGUGUGGACAACUAACAGUAACCCAUUGGUUAUUGGACGAUUCUAUUUUGAAUAUCUGUUUAAGGGAGCAAAGUGCGUGAAAUCUUUGAGACUAUGCAGUUUGAAACACCCACCGAAGAAAGAACUUUAG